CUCGCUCAGUCUCUCUCGCUCAGUCUCUCUCGGUCUCUCUCGCUCGCUCUCUCUCGCUCGUUCCUUCGCUUUCUCUCUUGGAUUUCUAUUGCUUCUCUCUCCUUAACUCUGUUUUACAAAGUGCAUCAGGCAUGUACAGAAAUCUGAAUUCAUUAGCAUUGGGAUUGACAAAGAAAGGUGGUUUUCUCAUGACUUGUUCUUGUUCAGGAACUGUGACCCAAAGUGGUGUAUUCUUGCGCAUUCUCCAGGGCACAGCAUCAAUGGCAGGAAGAAAAAUCACAGUUGUGAGGCAGAGUAGUGCAGCUUCUGACCAUCCUAUUGAUCCAUCCUACCCGGAAGGUGAUUUGCAUCUGGAGAAUGUAUAUUAUUCAGAAAUGAAAGAUGCUGGUUUCUUUGAUGCUGAUUGGGAGUGAUGCAGUGAUAUUCUGGCCGAAUGACUCUGUAUAUUAAAGUAACUUCCAGAUGGCAAAAAUUUAUGUACUUGAAGAGAUGCUUGUUCGUUGCUUGCUGGACUCGUUCUUUUACAAUAGAUGUAGUGUGCCUCUGGCACUUGGAACGCUUUGUUGUGUACUAAUUAGGAACUGGUUAGACCGCAUUAAAAAAUAUAACUCUAUAUAAUACAGAAUAAGGGAAGCAUAAAGGUAUAUUUUAUGAUAUGAAUUUGGUACUAUUUGGAUCCAUUAUGUAUUUUGAGAUAUUUUAAGUUUCUUAGUGUUGAACUAUAAUAAUGUUUUGAACUAUUAGAUUGCAGAAUUAUGAAAUGAAGUUGAUGUGUA